AGGGUAACCUCGUUCGAAAUUUCACCACGCCACGCCCUGAAUCCUGAAUCUUGAAUCGGUUUUAUUGCCAAUCAAUCGUUGAUUCGAGUCAGGUGACGAGCAUCAGUCUAGGUUCUUUUCUUUGCUCUCUCUUUGUCUUUAUCGACCUCCAAGGACCGACAGUAUUUCCCUCCAUAGUCCUAUAUCUGACGCUCUAGUUACAUAUCGUUGCACCCAUCCAUGUUGCCCAGCUCGGGGAACACACUUCCUGCGCUGGCAGAUGUCGAAGAACUCAAACGCUCCAUCUUGGAUGUGUUGCGUGAUGGGUCUUUUCUAUCUGAGAUGAUCCUUGAUGAACUCUCUCUGUUCCGUUCACAAAUCCCACUCUAUGAUGCAGAGAUUCUGCGAGUUAAUAGUGUCUUGAGGACGCUCAGAGCUUCCAAGGAGACGAUCGAUGAGUGUUCACGACUUCAUCAGUCUUCUCUUUCGCCUAUCCGCAUGCUACCCGCGGAAGUUCUCGCUGCCAUAUUUGAGGACGCAUGUCGCGCCACAUCUGCAGGCUCCGAGUCGGAACCAGUUAUCCCCACUGUAUUAUCUUCAGUGUGCUCGUAUUGGCGUAAAGUUUGUCUUUCAACGCGCAUUCUUUGGACGCAUAUCACCGCCUAUCAUCGUAUCCGACCGGACAAUUCCUCUCGGAUCGCUCGUCGCAUAGAUCAUUACCAGUCAUUGUCUUCACCGCUCAGCCUCACCUUCCAUCUUACAGCGUCAUAUAGGAAAGAAGACUAUGACAAGACAUUUCCGGACGGCAGCAGGUUCGCUUCCAUUUGCGAUGCUAUUGCAGUACCAUCCGUUUUGGAUCGGUGCCACUCCAUCCGUUUUACCAUGAACAGUCGAGGAAGGUUGCUAUUCAAUGCUAUUAAGCAUCAACUCCCUUUGUUAAGGUCUCUCGAAAUCAAAUCUGUCGGGUCUGCUGGGACUACCUGUCCCUGGGCGAUGUGUCAGAACGCAUCAAAUCUCGACCGUCUUCACAUCCAUGGAUCAGUCAAUGCAUUCCGAGUCCAGUUGCCAAGUCGAAAUCAGAUCACCACGCUUUUUCUAUCUGAUACUCAUUCGUCUAUGUUAAAGAUAUUCCCCAAGGCCAUACGUGCCACCCUCGUCGACUGUCUAUAUCGUGCUUCUAGCUCCGACAAGUCCGUUUCUUUGGCCCUUGAAUCCCUCACGCUGACUAACACGUUACUCGAGCCUAUCAUCAGCGAUCCAUCCGUUUCAUUUCCCCGCCUCUCCUCCUUGGAACUUGUGUCAAGACCCCACUCAAACUCAGCCGUACCUACAUUCCGGGAUGACCUUAACAAUUCCUUAUGGCAACUCUGCCACGGCCCGAAUCCUUCUCCUAUUACAUCCCUCACCCUUACCGAAGUUUCCUUCACCGAUGCCCAGGUUUGCCGCAUGCUUAAAUGCAUACCACAUCUCAAGCAUCUCUCCAUCGUCGAAGCAAAUGAAAGAAGACCCAAUUGCUCCCCCAUCAUAUCAGAGAUAUUAGUCGCUUAUCUUUAUGAACAAGCAAAGCUGGAAAAUUUGAAGUUGGUAUGGGCCCCCAGCGUUCUCAAGGUUUUAUCUUCGCUGGAUGAUUACCGCAAGGAAAAUAUCGUGAUGAACAUGGUUGAGCAUCAUGCUUACACGGGCUUGCUCAAUGGAACGGUUGAAACUACUAAGAAGGCGGAGAAUCCAAGCAACGCAGUGGUAGAGGUCAAUCUGAAAAAUGACGCAUGCUUUCCUUUGUAAAUCAGAGGUUUGGCCCCCCACUUGUUGACCGUUUCACGAACACGGAAUAAAAAGAAUAUACUUUUUCACUUUGAUCGAAAUGUUUUCGAUAUAUCACUGGAAUCGAGAAAAAAUACAAUACAGUUAC